UUGCACCCCGACGAACCUAUCAACCUCCUUCGCCUUUCAACAGCGCUGAAGAUCUUUUGCGGAAGUUCCGUCAGCGAGGACCUUCUCCCACGAGCAUCAACCCUUUUCCAAGACUUCCUGUUCGAAUAUCGACGACUUUAUGGUGCUAAGGCUAUGAAGCCAAACUUCCACUGGGCCGUCCAUAUCGAGGAGCAGAUUCGAGAUUUCGGACCCGUUUAUAACUUCUGGACCUUCCUUUCCGAACGACUCAACAAACUCCUCAAGAGUUCUAACUCAAAUAACUGGACUACAGGCGGGCAGCUGGAAAUCUCAAUGAUGCGAGAAUUCACCCGAGGGAUGCGGAUGGAUGCACUUGCUCGUACGGUCCUCGAUCAAUCAAAUAUUUCAAUCGAAAAGGUAAUUUUCCAGAAUAUCCUAGGGGAAAGGGAGGAAGCAGUUGGUACCGUGCAGGAUGCGAUUAUCUUACUCACGUCAGAUAUAGAUUUACAAGGGUUUAUGCAUGUCCAAGUUGGACCAGCGACAUCAAGAAAUCAGGAACUGCUAACGGAUUCUGCUCGCCUUGCGCUGCUCACGGCCUACAACAAAGCUCAACCUCGUGUCCAUUUUCUGCUUGAUCGGAACCCUCCUCCGCGCACAGUUCCUCUUCACGAUCAUGCUGUUUUUUAUCGUUAUGCAAUUCUCGAUGGUCGUCGUAUCACUCCUACAUCACAAAGCAAGCGUGAUUCUUCAGGCUCGUCUCUCGUUAAGGUCAAGUGGGACGGAGAAGCAUGGUAUGGUGAGGUUGUUCGCAUUUUUCAGCAUCCACAGCCUGGGCUAUCAGAUCCUGCAACAGAACAUCUGCUUGCGGAAUUCCGUUGGAUGAAGGAGGUUCCGCUCUCGCCAGUUGCUGAUGACCCUUGGAGUGAUUUCCCUGAACUAGAUGUUAUGUGUUUUAAACUCAAUGAAUAUUGGUCUCCCAAUGAGCAGCCCUCUCCCCCUGCCGUCCUUCCCUUUGAUCAAAUCCUGUGUCAGAUUGCCAGAGGUGUCGUUGAGUCAUCUAUCCCUCCUUUAUGGAUCACAACAUCACUCGAUCGUGUCAGUGGAUUUUUACUUGAUCUCUGA